AUGACAAUCGGCAACCUCUACGCUAUUGCAGCCAUCGCCGUCAUCGGCGGUGGUCUGUUCGGGUUUGAUAUCUCGUCCAUGUCCGCUAUCAUCAGCACGAAACCUUACCUUUGCUACUUUCACCAAGGGCCUAUGGAAUAUGAUAACCAUGGAGAGCAGAUUUGCAAGGGCCCCUCAGCAGAUGUCCAGGGUGGCAUCACAGCCUCGAUGGCCGGUGGCUCUUGGUUGGGUGCUUUGGUGUCUGGUUUUAUUUCGGACAUUCUUGGCCGGAAGAAGGCCAUCAUGGUGGGCUCCGUAAUUUGGUGCAUUGGCUCUAUCCUUGUUUGUGCCUCCCAGAAUAUUCCAAUGCUUAUCGUGGGCCGUAUUAUCAACGGAUUCAGUGUCGGAAUCUGUUCCGCUCAGGUUCCGGUGUAUAUCACCGAACUUGCUCCCCCUACCAAGCGUGGUCGUCUGGUUGGUCUCCAGCAAUGGGCAAUUACUUGGGGUAUUAUGAUCAUGUUCUAUUUUAUUAAGGGAACCGCCUCCUUCCGGGUCCCAUGGGGCCUUCAAAUGAUCCCCGCCAUUCUUCUUUUCUUUGGAAUGAUCUUCUUGCCUGAGUCACCCCGUUGGUUGGCCCGCAAGGACCGCUGGGAGGAGUGCCAUGCAGUUCUUACCUUGGUCCAUGGCAAGGGCGAUCCCACCUCGUCUUUCGUGCAGCUUGAAUACGAAGAAAUCAAGGGCAUGUGUGAGUUCGAGCGUCACAACGCGGACGUUACCUACCUUGAACUCUUUAAGCCAAACAUGAUCAACCGUACCCAUGUUGGUAUCUUUACACAGAUCUGGUCACAGAUGACAGGAAUGAACGUAAUGAUGUAUUACAUAACAUAUGUAUUUGCGAUGGCAGGUUUGGAAGGUAACAAUCUUCUUGUAUCUUCCAGCAUCCAGUAUGUUAUCAAUGUCGUCAUGACCGUUCCGGCCCUAAUUUGGGGUGACCGCUGGGGCCGCCGGAACACCCUUAUGUUUGGUGCUAUUUUCAUGAUGAUCUGGAUGUAUGCCAAUGCCGGUCUCAUGGCUUCGUACGGUCACGCCGCUCCUCCGGGUGGCCUCGACGGUAAGGAGGCUCAAUCCUGGGUUAUUCGCGGGCCUCCCAGCAAGGCUGUUAUUGCCUGCACCUACUUGUUUGUGGCCAGCUAUGCGAUUUCCUGGGGACCGGCAUCUUGGGCUUAUCCCCCUGAGCUGUUCCCGUUGCGAGUACGUGGCAAGGCCAACUCCCUCUGCACGUCUUCCAACUGGGCCUUCAAUUUUGCUCUGAGCUACUUUGUGCCUCCUGCCUUCGUCAAUAUCCAGUGGAAGGUGUAUGUCUUGUUCGGGGUCUUCUGUACUGCCAUGUGCAUUCACGUCUUCUUGAUGUUUCCCGAGACCUCCGGCAAAACCCUGGAAGAUGUGGAGGCCAUGUUCACCGACCCUACAGGCAUUCCGUUUAUCGGUACACCGGCAUGGAAGACGAAAAAUGAGUUCUCGCGGGGAGCUGUUAUUGAGCAGGCUGGCGCCGAUGAUGAAAAGCGGGCUGGUGUCGUGCACAGCGAGACGGCGACUAAGGCAUGA